CGUAUACCUACGGUAUAAAAGUCCAGUCGUUAACCACUGGAAUGACCACUCACAAGUAGUAUCUUCACUCCCGCAGUAUUUACAAGAUGAAAUUGGCGCUGGUUUUCCUGUCGGUGUUUCUCUUCGCUUCCUGCGCUCAGCAGCGACAAACCAAGCGGCUGCCAUGGCCAUUGGUGAUGCCCAUGUCUUACUAUUAUUCGCCUAGGGCUUUCUACCAGUGGCAGAAUCCUUAUUUCUUAGAUGACGCUGGACUAGACUCUUCCGAUCCAUCGCCAUCCAUGGACUGGGAAGAACCUGGGCAGACGUUCCAGCCGGAAGAAGAGGCUGCCAAAAAUAGCCAAGAGUCGACUAAACCGUUGGAAUCGACUCAGAGUCGUGCGGCCAAUCGCUUAUUCCGUCCGAAUAGUUUCAAUUUGGCUCAGUUGUAUCCAUCGCAGCAGCAGCGGCUGUUCUUCGGCGCCUUGAACCCUUUGAAUAGCAACACCAACAACUGGUUCGGCAACUUUUUCCAAACCUCGACACUGGUAACCGUCACUGUCCCGUCCACCUUGCUGACGGCCGUGAUUAGCACGUGCAUUCCGGCCGCACAGUUUGUGGCCGGAGCGGUGAAUACCCCGUGUGCCAGACGUCGACGUCACAUUGUCGACGAAAGCAACGGCGACCAAUUAGAAAAUGAAUCGAAUUCUUUCUUCCUUCAGUCUCAACUUUCUCCGACUCCUAUUCAACACGUUGAGCCGACGGCGAUUCCGACAGCCAGUGUCGAUAGAGACCGGCGCCAAGCUGAUUCCCAGCAGCGGAUAAUCUCGUCCAAGGAAGACGUCGAUGGAAACGCCCAGCAGCAGUUCUUUCAGCGCCAGAAUCGAGCCUUGACCGUGACAUUCACGACGACAACGACCAGUUACUUUUUCUCGUCGACAAUCGUCAAGAAAACGCUCAGCUUGGCCAUCGCUGCUGCCCAGAUUGCUUGCCUUCCGAUCGGUUUUGUUGUGUGUUAAAAGGUUUUCCAACAUUUCCCGACAUUUCCAAUGAUUUUAAAUUUCAAAAUUGCAUUCCCGCGCUUUCGAUGCAAUUUCUCUACAUUUUGUACUCGCUGAUGGCUAUUUAUAGUGCAAUAUUACACGCAGGCAUUCAGAAAAUCA